AGGAGUCAUUCGACAAGUCCUCGCAGGGAAAUAAGCAGUAUUAAUAAGAAGUAUUAUUGCUGACAAAAUGGAAGGGUACAACAGACUGGUAGAAUAUGUCCCACCAGAAUGGUGUAGAAAACUAAAAGUGCUGCCAAAGUUCAGGAUUCCGCUUGCAAUGACACCAACUCCUAUUCACGAAUGGAAAAUCGAAGAUAUUCCGGAAGCUUUCCAAUUGUUCGUUAAACGAGACGAUUUGACGGGAUGUUUACUAAGUGGAAACAAGGUUAGAAAAUUGGAAUUUCUGUUAGCUGAUGCCAAAGCAAAAGGUUGUACAAGCGUGGUUACGAGCGGAUCUACGCAAUCAAACCACGCAAGAAGUACCUUAAUCGCUGCCAAACAAGUCGGGAUGGAUUGUCACUUGAUACUGAGGGAUAUAAACGAGAACUGCACAACAACAGUUCCGAGUGGCAACUUUCUGCUAAUGGAAUCUGCCAACCCGAAUAUAUAUCUUUUGCCAUGGACAUCUUUCAAAGAUGAACAAGUUUCUGAGAAACGAAACGUACUUGUAAAUCAUAUUCGAAAAACUACCGGCAAAGCACCUUAUAGUAUACCACCUGGUGGAGACAACGAACUAGGAGUAUACGGGUAUAUACGAGCGUGGGAAGAAAUGAUGGAGCAAAACAUUGACAAAAAUUUCGAUGAUGUCGUAGUUGCAACCGGAACUUCCGGUACAACCUGUGGCCUUGCGAUUGGAAAUUAUUUGACCGGUAGUAAAUUGAAAUUGCACGGAAUUGUUAUAUCGCGAACAAAAGAAAUGGUGCAUAAUUUGAUUGAUGAAAAAUUAAAAAAUUUCGGAUUGAACGCACAAGCUCAAGAUAUUGUCGAUAUUAUUGAAGGACAUGUUGGAGGAGGAUAUAGCGUUUUCACAAAAGAGGAAAUUGCCUACUAUCUGAAAAUUGCCAAAACAACGGGUAUAUAUUGUGACCCUGUAUAUGUUGGAAAAGCAAUUAAAGGUCUAAUGGACGAAUUGAAGAACACUCCGAAACGAUUCAAAGGAAAGCGGAUUCUUUUUAUUCAUACCGGAGGCAUAUUCGGAAUGAUGGAUACUAACAGUGCCCAAUUUAUUAGAGACCAGGAAAAAUCAAGUCGAAUCAAACAAUGGAGCGAAGCAUUUCCCGAAGACGUUUAAACAAUCUUUUUUAUUAUAUCUAGUUUUUAGUACAGAAAAGUUAAAGAUUACAUAAAUGUUAAUUGUCUAAAAAUAAAUGAUAUCAAUAU